AUUAUAACCCUAGUUCUCAGAAACGGAAGGCCUAGCACCGUUGCUCCGUCGCCUGUGGCUCACUCAUUCUCUUCAGUCGCCACCGUUAUAAGAGAUAAUUGAACCUAUCUUGCAUCUCCAACUUGUUCCGCGCAUCCCUCUGAAUUUGUCAGCCGUAGCCCUGAUCCGAAUUAGUUUCUAUCGGGAAUAUUACCUGUCGCUGAAUAUCAGAUCUAUAAGAGCCCUUAAUAAAAAGAAUUGGCAUUAUUUUUAGUGCUAAAGAAGCUUUUCAGAUUUUCAUAGCAUAUUAGCAUUUCCGAUUUGGUUGUUUGAUCUUAUUUCGGCAAAAUACAUUACUUUCAGGAAUUUUUUUCCCCCAUCUCCAACGACGACUCUGGAGAUUACCGCGAUAAGUUUGAACUCUGGACCUCCUAUUUUCAAGAGUUAUACGUAUCUCUUACUAUUUUGGGCAAUUUUUCAUCAGUGUGCUUGUGGUUGAUCUGUCUAUAUAGACAAAUGGUGGGAGGCGGAAGCAGGAGAGACGAAGGUUCGUUGAUGAUAAAAAACACAAACGUCUUUGCUGCACUCGAUACUCUUAAAAAGAAGAAGAAAUCCGAUAAGGAGCACAAGAGCAAAGGGUCGUCUAAAUCUCAGGUUCAAUCUAAGGAACAUGACCCUCAGGUGUUCUGGGCUCCCACUCCACUGAAUGCGAAAUCUUGGGCCGAUGUUGAUGACGACGACGACGACUACUAUUCCACCACUGCCCCGCUUCAGUCUGUCUGGGGCGUUUCUGAGCCACAGCAGAGUGAGGAGAAACCAAGCAUUUUGGAGGAUAGUGAGAGUGAGGAAGAUAUUUUAGGUGAAGGGGAUGAUGAUGCGGAGGAAGAGCACGAUCAUGAGCCAGAACAGUCCUUGAACCCUGAACCUGAGGUUAGGAAGCCUACUCAAGUUUCUGUGGCACCAAAGGAGGCAGAACGACAACUUUCCAAAAAAGAAAGGAAGAAAAAGGAACUUGCAGAGCUUGAGGCUCUUCUGGCUGAUUUUGGAGUUGCGCAAAAAGAAAGCAGUAGUCAAAAUGAUUCGCAAGGUGCCCCACAAAGUAAUGAAGAUGCUGAGGCUGUUGGAGAUGGAGAGAAGAAGGAAAAUUGCACUGCGGAGUCAAAGAGUGCCAAGAAGAAGAAAAAGAAGGAUAAAGCCUCCAAGGAGGUGAAAGAAUCUCAGGAUCAUCUCGACGGGGCAGAUACAAAUAAUGUGCCUGACGAGGCUGCUGGCGCAGAAAAUGCUGGGGAUGAUAAGUCCACUGUUGAUGUUAAAGAGCGUCUCAAGAAAGUUGCUUCUGCAAAGAAGAAGAAAUCUAACAAAGAAAUGGAUGGUGCUGCAAGAGCUGCAGCUCAAGAGGCUGCCGCAAGGAGCGCAAGGCUUGCUGCCGCUAAGAAAAAAGAGAAGAGCCAUUAUAAUCAGCAACCAGUGCGGUAAAAGAAACCCGUUUGUUAACAUUGAUACAGGAAUGUGUAUUGUUGUUCAUACCAUGAUGCCGAAUAAACAACGGGCUCCUUGCGCUUGUUUGACUUGCAUUCAUAUUGCCAUGGACUUGAGAAGUAUUCCUCUGUUUUUUCCCCUCUCUUGAAACUUCCAGUUAUUAACUGUUACGGACAUGCCUUCCUGCCAAAGAUGUAGUCGAACUUCAUAGCUGUGUAUCUUUAGUUCGUUUAUCCUCAUGACUGAUCACCUCUUGGUGUUCUGCGUU